AUGGCAGACGGCACAGCAUCGACAUCGACAUCGACGUCGACCCCCGCCCCCUCGACCGAGCAGCAGCCCCUCGUCAUGCAGAUCAUCGUCGACCGCGAGCUGGUCAAGCAACCCGGGUGGACAAGAGGACCGCUCAUGGCCCAGUCCGCACAUGCCGCUCUCGCCGCCUGCCACAUCUCGUCGACCUCGCCCAACACCACGGCCUACCUCGGUCCGGAAAACCUGGCGCACAUGCACAAGAUUGUGCUCCAGACGCCCUCGGACAACGGCAAGACGACCCUCACCGCUCUCUCCGAACGACUAGCCCAGGCGAGAAAGGAAUGGGAAGCGACGAGAGAGGGCGAAGAGGUGCCGCUGCACUACCUCUGGAUCGAGCAGCCCGAAAACAUCCCCACCUGCCUCGCUCUCGCGCCCAACCGCAAACCGCCAGCCGUCAAGAAGAUCCUCAACAAGUGCUCUCUCCUGCGCGAUUGA